AUGUUUAGUCAGAAGCCGCCACCACCGCGUUACGUUCUCAACGUUGACACGGGUAAAUGGAGCAAACAGGUUGUGGUACCUGAAACCAAACCCAAAGAGUCGAUGCCAAAUAUUCAAAGCACACUUGACCUUCUGCUCUACCACGCCAUGCACACCGCCAAAACCCAGUUGGAGGAAGAGGGAAAACGGACUCGAGUGGUGCCCGAUGUUGCAGGUCAGAUUGCAACUUUUGAGGCUCGUCACAACAUUCACGCAAAUGCACUGCGCUCCUUCUCUCUUUCCAGACGAGGUGGUUGCUGUUCAAAUCCUGUUGUUGGACUUCUUUGCGGUAUUCCACUGUACGAUGUCUAUACUGCGCUCACUAAAAGAAAAGGGGAGGAAUGGGAUACGUAUGGAGGGGAGCCCGACCCAAAUAAACUCCUGCGUUUAAGUUUAGAUGAACUGUUUGAUGUAUGCACGAGCCUGGUAAAACCAAUGGUAAACUAUAGUUAUGUUCGAGACAUGUUUACCAUGCUUCCAUCUGAUGGUGAGGAUGAUGACAACAGCGUACCUCUAUCGUGUUUUUUUUCGUUCCUCGUAGAAAACGCAUUUCAUCCAACGUUGAACCGAAACGUGGAAGCAUUGUUCCGUGCAUUUGACCCCGAGGGUACCGGAGUCAUAUCCGAGGCUACACUUGCUUCUCCUGUGCUCAACGCUUUUGCAGAACUGAAUCUUUUUGGACAUUUGCGCGGGGAAUGGGAAAGGAUGGCUUCAACGCUGGAGAUUGUGGGAAAUAUUGAUUACCGCAUCGUAGACAAUAUUCGGCUUCUUACGCCGGAGGCCACUCGUGCGGUUUUGUGUAGUUCCCCCAUUUUGUAUGACGCGAUGGAAAAUGUCGAUUUAGACGGCUCUAAGCUUAAGGUGUCUUCGUGA